AUGGAAGAGUCUUGUACGAGGAAGGCCGUGACGGGCGCUUUGAAGAAUACAGAUUGGGACCCCCUCCUUCCCAAGGCUAGCAAGGGGAAGAAGGCCUUGGCCGUGCUUUCUCGACCGAGUACGCCGGCUGCGGCCGUACCCAGGGUGGCGGCCCCUCCUUUGGCUAGAGCAGCGAUCGUGACUUCAACAGCAGCCCCAACCUCCAGAGCGCCUGUUGUGGUGUGGGCGCGAAAAACUUUGGCGCAUAGGACCGUGCCAUCCGCCCCGCCGACUCGACCGAUCGCUGCCGUUGCCUUGGGUCGCAAGAGGGGUCAAGAGGCCUCAAGUACUGAGGCUGCAGCGGUUGAGGCCGCGCCAGCCGAAAGUGUUGUGGUUGAGACGGCGAUGUUAGAGCGGUCGAGAAAAAGGGUCCUCCUUGUUCUUUCGGAGGGCGAGGACGAGGAGGAAGUCCCUCCUGUGAUUAUGAGUGAAGCCCCUCUCGUGACCGGCGAGGCAGUGGCCGAGAAUUUGGUCGAGGAGGUGGCCGCCGCCGAGGUGGCGGUUGAGGGGGCGGCCACUGCCGAGGUGGCAGAAAUGCUGGAUGCCGAGGCAACAGUCGCAGAGGUGCCAGCCAUUGAGGAGGCCGCCGUGGACAUGCCAGACGACGAGGUCCUUGCCGUGGAACGGACGCGGGCCGCCUCUGCCAUGCCUACCUUGACCGUUACCGCGUCUGUCGAGCCGUUGCGGUUCACUCCUCAUCGUCCAAGCGGCAUUGUGAUCCGCUCGAAGACCACCUCUUCCGAUGAUCUCGAGGAGUUAUACGCCAGCCUCCAUGAAGAAGGAGGCAGCUCAGCCUCGGCUCCCUUGGACGAAGAUUCCAAGGCCGUCAUUGAAAGGCUCCGAGAGUUCCUAUUCUUUGGGGUUCACCAAAUGACCACCGCCGAGGCAUUCAUGGAGUUCGGGUCCUGCCUGGAUACGGUCAUGGCGUUGGGUUGUUGGACUCGGCUCAGCUGGAUGGGCUACAGGCUCGCUUGGCCGAGGGCAAGGAGAUGA